AUGGGUGCAGGGAGGAAGACGGAGACCUAUACAUUGGCUCAUGAUAGCCACUACUUAUCUGGAACUAUGACUGCGAGGCUUCACAAGGGAGAUCUCUGCGGGGUUAUAUUGGGAUGCAAGUGGAGCACUAUCAAAGAGUGCCAUGCUAAGAAAUUGUUUGGUUUACCAGCUCCUCACAUGGCAUAUAUCAAGAACAUCGACCCCGGUUUGACGCUAUUCCUGUUCAACUACAGUGAUAGAACACUCCAGGGCAUCUUUGAGGCUGCAAGUGAAGGAACGAUGAACAUUGAUCCCAAAGCUUGGUCUCCAAAUGGGACAGAUCCAAGUCCAUAUCCUGCUCAGGUGAAGAUCCGAGUUCGAAUGCGGUGUCAACCCUUGGUUGAAGAAGAGUUUCGCCCAGCCAUUGCUGAGAAUUACAAGGACGAAAAGAUGUUUUCCUUUGAGCUAGACCGAAGUCAGACAAACAAGCUGCUCCGUUUGUUUACACCAUCACGAUCUGUGAAGGCACCAUCAGCUAUCAGAGAUGUUGCACCACCAGCACCACCACCAACCAGAAAGGCUAUUCCGGCAUCUGCUCUUGUAGAGAUAGGCGACUCAGGAGCACCGCGUGUUUGGAGCAGUUUUUUCAAAUCUUCAGAUUCUUCUGGUGAAAACAAAGGAAAAGAGUCAGAAGAAGGCGCACACAGAGCUUCAAGAGCAGUCAAUCCUGGAAAAACUAGAGGAUGGGAAGCAUCUGCUGCCAGUAAUGUGGAUGAGGGAAAAGCUCAACUAUCAGUGUCACAGUCUGGUGCGUCUUACUCGGCAGUUCUGAGAAACACGACCGGUUCUUCAACUCUGGAAAAGAAGACUUCUUCGACGUAUGAAGCUCCAUCUCAGGCUGCAGCUAACAGUGUUGUAGGACGUGGCAAGAAGGUGGACUCUGGCGAGGAUGCAUACUCGGAGAUCGAUUGGGAUGCGACAUCGGCAUUUCAAGUCCAUCUGGAUGGACUGAACGAGAUUUUGGAGGAUCCUAAGGAUAAGGAUGGUUUGAGGAGAGGAUUUGCUUCUUCUUCUAUGGUGCCCAAUCAUUGGGAGGAUGAGAUGAUGCCUCCUUGGGACUUUGGGGAAGAUAAAUCGCCUUGUGGGUCGUCGUAUGUAUCCGCACCUGAGGAUAUUGGAGAUGACAAAGAGAAGCAUCUUGUGGAUUUCAAGUUGGACACUGGAUCCCCCAAUUUCGUGGAAAUCUUGGAUGUGAUAGUGAAGGAAGUGACGGUGUUGAAGGAAAAUCAGAAGGUGUUGAAGGAAACUCAGAUGGAACAAACUGCGUAUAUCAUUCAUUUGGAGGAGCAGCUGAUUCGAUCAAGAAAAGAUAUCCUUGAACUGAAAAGACAAUAUGGAAGUACCUAA